GAAGAACUUUCAAAAAGUCCCUAUAUCUUUUUAUAUAAUCGAGAACCAAGAUAUCUAAAUACCGAAAGGGACAGUUCUUCUUGCUCUUGGAUCUGUCUGAUCAGUGAUCAAUGUUAUAUUAUAGGCAAAAGACCUAGAUAGCCCUUUAAACUUGGCACAGUCUGAAGUUAGACACUCCAACUUAGUUUGCGACCAUAUAGACAGUUCAACUUGGUAGAAAUGUGUCUUUUAAACACACACAUCUUACUGUGGCUGUGAUAGUGCGUCUCUUACACUCAAUAUUGAGCGAGUAAAAGUCUUCUCACUAUGCUGAAAAGCUUUUUAAAAAAAAGCAAUUCAUCACCUCUCAUCCCCCUAUCUCUGUAUUCAUUACAGAGAAGCCACGCCAAAAAAAGACACUUGAAACAAACACCAGCUACUCAAAGUUUGAAGCAAUGCUAACUAAGUUGACAUUUGUAACUAAUACUUGGUUAGUGUACCUUUUUAUGCUCGGCAACAGUAAAACGAAAAGGAUAAUUAAUCUUAUCACAAAUUAUCACACCGAAAAAUCAUCGAAACUGAAGGUCAAGGUUUUUCCAUAAACAUAAAAGAAAUCUUCAAAAUGGUCCACAUUGAUAUCAAAGCGAGUGAACUUUACUUUUUAGAAUUUGUGGUUUGCUUAUCAAGCUUUUAGUCCAUGGGUCUAGUUCAAAAUUGCUUCUUUUAUUCUAUUUUGGCUGUUAAGCAAUGCCCUGGCCAUGGCCUUUUAGGGGUUGUAGGACGGGGUCUGAUUACCGAAGAAGAAGUUGGGUGGAGGGGUCCGAUCAGUGAGGAGGGGGUAAUUACUUAUUUAAACUUUUUGUUUAAUUAUGGGUGGAAUAUUUUACUUGUUAGUCAAAAUUACAAUUGUCAAUCACUAAUUGGUUCAUUUGACGCGUCAAUGGCGAGUAAGCUUCACUUGGAUGGUCUUAAAGUGUACAAGUGAUUAAAAGACACGAGUGAUUAAGAGACAUGUUUCUACCAAGUUUAAGUGUCUAUGUGGUCUCUAGCUAAGUUUGAGUGUCUAACUUACAAAAUGUGCCAAGUUCAAGGGGCUAUCUAGGUACUUAGCCUAUAUAUUUACUUGUUUAACAUCUAUCUGCAACUUAAUUCUAUUCUCCUUGGCAUGAUUAGUGAUUACCAUUUUAAAAGAUUCUACGGCCUGAUAAUUUGAAGUCUUCACAAUGCCUUGCCAUGUUGUGCAUACCAAAUUGUAAUCCAUAAAGGCGUCAAUGAAAUAAUAUACCAUCUUCGUGAGGAUUCUCGAUUUUGUAAAUAAACUUGAUUUUUGGCUAGGAUUUGUGCUUUUAUGACUUGGUCCUUGGAUUAUUGCACACCAUCAGAAGGUUGUGCUAUUAUUUCUGAUCGCGAUACUUAAGUUCGUGGAGAAAUCUACUACCUAUUCCCCACCAGACCUCUUAGAAAUGCUCUUGUUGCCUGAGCAAUGAUUCCAUAUCUUUGGCUACUGGUUAAGUUUAUGUGUUUCUUGAGGAUAACUGCAACACCAACAAGAUGUACUUGCUGUAUGGCGGAAAUUGUACUUACUGUAUGGCUGAACCUUAUUGAGCUUUUCUGGUUCAUCUCCCUGUCAUACUGUCCAAAAAGUGGGGAGCUGACAGUGAGAGAUUAAAUGCAAACUAGGAAAAAGAGAGAAGAAUCCAUGCACUUUUAUGAAACUAUUGGUGUGCUUCAAACCAACUAUCCGUGACUUGCCUAUUCAGGAUAUCACCAUCUGCAUGGUGUUAGAAAGGGAGCAGAUAAUGAAAAAAUUCCACGAAGUGACAACCCAGCUAGAACAAGCUUUGGGCGGAGUUCAUUAUGAAGAGCUUGACAUAUCUGAUGAAGUUAAAGAGCAGGUAGAGCUUGUCCUUUCUCAGUUCCAACGAGCCAAAGGAAGGGUUGAUACACCUGAUGCUGAACUCCAUGAGGAUCUAUUGUCCCUUUACAGCAAGAGUAAUGAUGCUGCUAUAGAUCCAGCUUUCCUAAGGCCAUUGGUUGAGAAGUUACAACUGACCGGAAUAUAUGAUCUCACACAAGAAUCAUGUGCUUUGCAUGAAAUGGUCACUGCUACUGGUGAAGAUCCAGACGAGAGGAUAGAGAAGAUGUCAGUGAUACUGAGGAAAAUUAAGGAUUUUGUGCUGACUGAGACUCCGGAGAUUGAUUCUUCUUCAAGGGAGAAGUCUUCAACUUGUAGUGGACAAGCAUCUACCGAGACAACUCAUAAGGCACCAGUAAUACCAGAUGAUUUUCGGUGUCCUAUAUCCCUGGAAUUGAUGAAAGAUCCUGUCAUUGUUUCAUCUGGGCAGACUUAUGAGCGUUCUUCUAUUGAGAAGUGGCUGGAAGCAGGGCAUAGCACUUGUCCCAAGACACAACAAGUCCUCACAAGCAAUGCUAUCACACCAAACUAUGUGUUGCGAAGCCUCAUAGCACAGUGGUGUGAAGUGAAUGGGGUUGAAUCCCCCAAACGACCAGGUAGUUUACCCAAUAAGUCAGCAUCCGUGUGCACGCCUGCUGAACGCUCGAAGAUAGAAAAUCUCCUGAGAAAGCUCACAUCUGGCAGCCCUGAAGAUCGUCUCUCUGCCACAGGUGAAAUCCGCCUACUUGCUAAGCGCAAUGCUGAUAAUCGUGUUGCAAUAGCUGAAGCAGGUGCCAUUCCUCUGCUCGUCGACCUUCUUUCCACACCCGAUUCUCGGAUCCAAGAGCAUGCUGUUACAGCACUACUUAACCUCUCUAUUUGUGAGGAUAACAAACGGAGCAUUGUAACAUCAGGGGCAGUGCCUGGUAUCGUCCAUGUGCUUAAGAAGGGGAGCAUGGAAGCACGUGAAAAUGCAGCAGCCGCUCUAUUUAGCCUUUCAGUUAUAGAUGAAAAUAAGGUCAUAAUUGGUACUUACGGAGCAAUUCCUCCACUUGUUACAUUAUUAAGUGAUGGCACCCAGAGAGGGAAGAAAGACGCAGCUACCGCACUUUUCAAUUUGUGCAUUUAUCAAGGGAACAAGGGCAAGGCGAUAAGGGCUGGAGUUGUGCUCACUCUAAUGGAGCUGCUUACAGAACCUCGAGGUGGUAUGAUCGAUGAAGCGCUUGCCAUUUUAGCGAUAUUGUCUGGUCAUCCAGAAGGGAAGACCAACAUCGGAGCUGCAGGGGCAGUUCCUGUUUUGGUAAAUGUGAUCACAAAUGGGUCACCCAGGAACAAAGAAAAUGCAGCUGCAGUUCUGGUACAUCUCUGCUCUGGGGACCAACAUCAUCUAGUGGAGGUUCAGGAGCUAGGUGUAAUGGGACCAUUGCUAGAUUUAGUACAAAAUGGCACUGAAAGAAGCAGACGAAAGGCAACCCAGUUGCUUGAAAGAAUAAACAGAUACGCUGAGCAGCAAAAACAGGCCCAGGCAGAAUCCGAGGCUCCGAUUCAACAAACUCAUAACCAGCUUUCACAGUCACCACCUUCAUCGACAAAUGUGCUGGACAGCUGAAUAAAUAACAGCUAUUACUAUGCCUCAAUCCUAAGCAAGUGGGAUCAGCUAUAUUAGUACUCGCUGAUCCACGUUGCUCCAGUUAAGCUGCUCCUGGACUGUAUGUUUUUAUAUAUUUUUUCUGUUAUAUUUGACCUUUCUUGGUGUUUAUAGCAUUGAUUAUAGAAGAGGGGUUUAGAUAUGUGGGAGGAAGGUGGAAGAUCACCUGACACCUCCAUCAUUCAUUUGUUUUCUGGGGUUGAGGUGUAUACUCUCAUGUGAAAAAAGGCCAAGGAUUGACGGAAAGAACUGAGAAAACAUAAACUGCUUUUACAAUAUUGAAUGUCAAGUGCACCAUUACAA